AGCAAAUCGGACAACACACAAUGGCAUCACCACUGGGCAAACGAUCACAAAGAGACAGUGAUGACUCCAGGAAGGCUCCACGUCUAGAAGAAUUAGCGUCAUUUCCCAUUCACCCAUUAUCAAAGUAUCAUGGAAAUUGUGCUGUAUAUAAACAACCUGUAGAGCUACAGUCUUAUAGCAUCGAUCAUGAACGAUCAGUUCAUUUUGACGAUCGCCAACUGAAAUAUUACUUGCCAGCCGACCUAUCUGAUGCGGAUUUAUCCGUUGGGUACGACGAAUUUAUCCAGCGCGACCCCGGAUUGAAAGAACACAUUGAUACCCUGUUGGACGCCUUGACUAUCGCACGUUCGAAAAACGAGGACCCGAAUACAAUAACAGCAGAUAUUGUUACAUGGAGAGGCAUUAUCACCAAAUUACUAUGUGUGCCAUACGCAAAAGACCCUUUUGAGCUUGGCGCCACGUUAUUUAAUAACACUAUCUACCUUGAGGAGCACGAAACAGAGUAUAAGCGGUCGCAAAACCAAGGUCAAAACGACCGACAGCAACUUAUGGGAUAUUGGGGAUACAAAUUUGAAACCCUCUCCACAGUGUCUAAAUUUCCGCCAGAUAUGACAGAAGCAGAUAAGGAAGAGAUAAAAAGUCGAAAGGGUGCAAGUGCGAACACGAAUGAGCAAUAUUGUACAGUUUUCAAAACCAAACUUGGCGAUAACACCUUGAUUAUGGGUGCUGAGGUUGAUUGUACAUCUGCUCCAAAGCAAUCUGACGUCAAUCCCUUACCGAAUUACCUGGAACUGAAAACGUCCAAGCUGAUCGAAUCAGGGCGUGACAAACAUAUUUUCGAACGGCACAAAAUGCUGAAGUUUUGGGCACAGUCUUUUCUUGUCGGUACGCCUGCAGUCAUAUGUGGAUUUCGUGACAACGAUGGCAAUGUUCGCAAAAUUCAAAAACUCAAGACGCUGGAGAUGCCGCGCAUGGUCCGCGGUCAACACGGCAUGUGGGAUGCCCGCGUAUGUUUAAACUUCGCCGAUCAAUUUUUGAGCUGGCUUCAAAACAUGAUCACCAUCGACGAUCCAGAGCAUACAUAUACGAUUACUUUUGAACACCCGUUCCAAGAAAUCCGUAUACGCAGUUCCGGGAAACAGAACGUUUUCCUGACCAAAAGGUAUAUGGAAGGACAAACGAGUGACCAAAUAGGAGGACCACGCGUUGGCGAAUAAGCAGGCAGAGGUUCUAGCGUUCUUGAGGCUAAGGCGCUGAUCAUGCCAAUGGAGUGGACCUGUGCUAUAUCUGCAAAGUAUUCCUAAUUACCAAGAUGGAAAAAUUGAAUUUUACCCCUGACCAGCAGCGAUGAAACGGUGACAGAGUCAGGAUCAUCAGCUAUUGUCAUCAUCACAGCGAUGAUCAGUUUCAUAAAUUUACAAAUUAAAUCACAAAUAGAAAUGUCAAGUUUGAUGUAAACCGUCUGCAUAGGCUGUGAAUAUUUAUUUUUAUUUAUUUAUUUUUC